AUGGAUUUGGCUACUUUAUUUGGUAAAUUGUUGGAACACACAAUGGAGCUGAAAAGGCUAGCUGAUGAUGAAAAAGGUAACAAGAAUAAGAAAAGUCUAGCUUUCAAGACCGAGGAAGAAAAAGAUUCUGACUCUGAUGAUGAUUUGAAAUUUUUUUCUUCCGAAACUUCAAAAUAUUUGAAGUAUGACAAGCAACAAGAUGUUCAACACAAGAAUGAAGGGAGGUGUACCAUGGAAAACACCGACCAUUAUGAUUCCAACUACUAUCGAUACCGUGACAGUGGAACAUCUGAUUCUGAAGCGGACAAUGACAGUAAUUCGGUGUCCAGUGCGUACCAAAGUUCAAGUGAUGGCGAUGGCGAUGGUGAUAGUCACAAUGAAAAAUUCCAUGAAUUUGAUGCAGUUGUAGGUGAUAGAAUAGUGAAAAUUGAUGCCCUUAAUGCUGAUGAAAUUCGUGCUAUGGAAUUCGGUACAGUUGAUGAAGCUAAUUUGUUUUAUUUCAAGUAUGCUAAAUGUAAAGGGUUUGCCAUUAGGAAAAGUGAUGUUAGGAGAAGAUCGACUGGGGGUGGACAAACAAUUAUAAUGAGGCAGUUUGUAUGCAAUAAACGCCGUCUAAGAGAUACAAAACACUUAAGGAGGCUUGAUAGAAAAAGAGAACACAGACCUACGACCCGCACUAAUUGUCCCGCUAGGCUUCGUGUGCAUUACAACCCCCAGAAGGGUAGUUAUGUAGUGUCAUGUUUUGAAGAGGCUCACAACCAUGAAUUAACACCAUCUAGGUUUAUCCACUUACACCCCAUUUAUCGUGAGAUUACUGCAGCAGAUAGAGCUCAGAUUGACGGUCUACAGUCAAAUGGAAUUAGAACUUGUCAUAUAAUGGGGUACAUGGUUGCUCAGAAGGGUGGACACGAUCGUGUUGGGUUUACAAAGAAGGAUCUGUACAAUUAUUUUGAUAGUAAAAUGCGUGCUACUUUUAAAGAUGGUGACGUUGCCGCUGCUAUAAAUUAUCUAAAUGUGAAGUCAUCUACUGAUCCCAUGUUAUAUGGUAAAUAUGCCGUAGGCAUGGAUGGACGAAUGAAGUCCCUUUUUUGGGCUGAUGGAAGCAGUAGAUCUGACUAUUUUUGUUUUGGCGAUGUGAUUGCGUUCGACACGACUUACAAGAAGAACAAAUACAACUACCCAUUGGUUAUAUUUUCAGGGUGUAACCACCACUCUCAGACAGUUAUUUUUGGUGCUGCAUUGGUGUCAGAUGAAACGACAGAAACGUAUAAGUGGUUGUUGGAGUGUUUUUUAGAGUGCAUGGAAAAUAAAUACCCAGAAGCAGUUGUAACAGAUGGAGAUGGGGCGAUGAGGGAAUCUAUAAAACAGGUGUUUCCGGAUGCGACACAUCGUUUAUGCGCUUGGCAUUUGAACAAGAAUGCGGCUGAGAAUGUAAAGAACUCGGAAUUUUUGAAAGAUUUUCAAAAAGCCAUGUACUCUAAUUUUACAAAGGAUGAAUUUGAAGAGUUUUGGUCAAAAACAAUUAAAGAAAACGGACUUGAAGGAAAUCCUUGGGUUCAAAAAACGUACGAGAACAGGUCACUAUGGGCAACUGCAUAUCUACGUGAGAAGUUUUUUGCACGUAUAAGAACUACGUCUCAAUGUGAAGCCGUCAAUGCAAUCAUCAAGAGUUAUGUCAGGAAGAAAGGCUGCAUUUUUGAAUUUAUGCACAAUUUUGAUCAGGCUAUGAGAUCUUAUAGAAACAAUGAACUGAUUGCCGAUUUUAAAUCAAUGUUUUCAGAACCUGUGAUGACUACUCAACUGCGUGCCCUUGAGAGCCAUGCUGCGAAAGUUUAUACUACGGAGAUUUUCAAGGAAGUCAGAGAUGAAAUAGUGAAGGCUGGAUCAUUGAUUGUUAAGGAAAGGUUAAUUCACAACGGAUUUAAGACUUAUCGAUUUACAAAAUAUUGUUGUGAUAACUAUGACGUAGAGGUUGUGUAUGAUGGUGAAACACUUCAAUGCGAGUGUAGGUUAUGGGAUUCUCGUGGGAUUCCAUGUUCUCAUAUGUUUGGUGUCAUGAAGGAAGAACAUGUUAGUCUCAUUCCCACCGGUUUGAUUUUGUCGAGGUGGACGAAGGAUGCAAAAAUUCAAUACUUGAACAUGAAUUGUAAUGGUUCUGAUGAUCCUAAUAUGAUUGAGCUAGCUCGGUUUGGUGCAUAUUGUUCUGCAUUUACUGUUUUUUGCAGAGAAGCUUCAAAAAAGGAAGGUGUUUAUGGGGACAUAAUGGGUGAUAUUCUGAUGUUACAAAAAAAGUAUUGCAGUACGGACGAUCCUAUUUUGGCAUCGAACUCAGCCGUAGGUGAUCCAAAUAUUGUGAGUAGCAAAGGUGCUCCAAAGAAAAAAAAGAAUGACAUAAAAGCUAUUAGACGAUGUUCUAAAUGCAAUAGUAGAACUCAUAAUGCAAGGAGUUGUUUGGUUGCGGAAAAUGCGCCAUUUGAACAAAAUGUUGGUAUGACGUCGCGGCCAGUAACUGAUUCAUUCAGCCUAGUUGUGAAGAAUAAUUUGUUUGUUAAAACAGAACAAGAAUGCAAAAAGAGGUCGCAUUGGGGGAAGUAG